AUGAACCAGCUUCUAACCAACCACUUUCCUCCUUCGAAAGACUUGAAAAAGGAUUCUCUUGUAGGCGUCCGCUGCCUUCAAAUCAGAGACGACCUUGUUCCCCUUGAUGUUGGUGUGACUCCAUUAAGAGCCAGAAGCUCACUCAAUACGCUGGAUAGGCUGUAUGCUCCAGAAGCUUUCGUUGAUGUAACGGUAGAAAAGUCCAUCGAAGUGGAACUUUUGGCAAAAUACAAGCCUCCCAAACAGUAUGAGCUAGUGCUGCCUGGAAACUUGGUGAAAAGCGGUUCAUUUUUGAAGGACUUCGUUCAACUUGAGCUCAAGCUGACCAACACAUUUUUCUGUUCCUGUGAAGGUGACGUCUUCAUAAAACAUAUCACCAUUAUUCUAGAGGAGCAUUUUAGAUAUCAGCACCUAGAGCUGAAGGGGUGCUGUGUAUCCGAGGAAGUUCGGACAGUGGUCUUGAAAGACUCAAGCAUCAACUAUUCCAUCUUCCAUGCUGACUUUGAGAAUACCGUAAAUGGGUGUCUGUUUGUUCCAAAAGAUUUGUUGCACGAUUGCAACCUUCCAAAUAUUGGGCCCUCCUUCAGUUCGAACGAAUGUACCCGAGGUUACGCAAUUCGGUUCGAUAUCGAUCUAGAAUGUGCAUCAAAGAAGUGUGCCCAGCGUAUUUUCACUGUCAUGGAAAUUGCAGUUGCUACAGAGGUUGAUCUGUCAGAGCCCAUUCUCCAAGUUCAUAAGAAGCAAGAUGUGACGUUAGUUGAGAAAUUCCCCUUGAACUCCAAUCUCGCAGAGAAUGCUAUCCACAAUCUUGAAGUUAUUCUAGGUCAGCAGACUGUGAUGCUCAACAAGACUUGCAGAGAAGCCGUCCACAAAGAGUACAAAUUGCAUAGCAGAAAUGGUAAACGUCUAAGUUUCCGAGAAGUUGACGAAAACGGGCAGAAGAGUUUCGUAUUUGAAGGAUUACUUGAAGGCUGCAAGAUCCCGAAUGUCUUGCCCUCCACCCAUUCCAACGAUUUACACAAGGGCUACAAACUUAAUGUAAGCAUAGAGGCACAUGGAGUUACAUUGGGUUCUGGUGGCUGUAUGGAGAGGAUUGAUUGUAAAGUCUCGGAGAGUAUUGAAGUCCUCAUGGGCAUCAAUGAGUGUUACCGUCUAGUGAGAAAAGAAGGACACGAAAAAACCUAUAUUAAGUAG